GGGACCCUCUCAGCCAGUGUCCUGAACAGUCCAAUGUUUGCCCUCUGAAAGUCCCUGGUGGUGGUUUUGCUGGCCCCCCUCUUGACUUCACCACGAACCGAGAACUAAAUCAUUUCAUAGUCGCUAAGCCCAAGAUGGACUCCGACCACCACAUCACCCACCAGUCCUUCUCUGUGGGGUUCACAUGGUGUCUCUGUCUUCCCUUUUGCAGUCACGGGACAAGGUGUGCGGGAGAGGUGUCUGCUGCUGCCAACAACAACAUCUGCGGAGUGGGAGUUGCGUACAACUCCAAGGUGGCAGGUAUUCGAAUGCUUGACCAGCCAUUUAUGACAGACAUUAUUGAGGCUUCCUCUAUCAGUCAUAUGCCUCAAGUCAUAGAUAUAUAUAGUGCCAGCUGGGGACCAACUGAUAAUGGAAAGACUGUGGACGGACCUAGAGAACUAACACUGCAAGCAAUGGCAGAUGGUGUGAAUAAGGGCCGGGGUAGCAAGGGAAGCAUCUAUGUCUGGGCCUCUGGAGAUGGGGGCAGCUAUGAUGACUGUAAUUGUGAUGGUUAUGCAUCGAGCAUGUGGACAAUCUCUAUCAAUUCUGCUAUAAAUGAUGGACGGACAGCUCUUUAUGAUGAAAGCUGCUCUUCAACCUUAGCCUCCACCUUUAGUAAUGGGAGGAAGAGAAAUCCGGAGGCUGGCGUGGCUACAACGGAUUUGUAUGGCAACUGCACGCUGCGUCACUCAGGAACGUCUGCAGCUGCCCCUGAAGCAGCCGGAGUUUUUGCCCUGGCUCUGGAAGCUAACUUGGAUCUGACAUGGAGAGACAUGCAGCAUCUGACAGUGCUCACCUCCAAGAGGAACCAGCUUCAUGAUGAGGUUCAUCAAUGGCGUAGAAAUGGCGUUGGGCUGGAAUUCAACCAUUUGUUUGGCUAUGGUGUCCUAGAUGCAGGAGCAAUGGUUAAGAUGGCGAAAGACUGGAAGACUGUUCCCGAGAGAUUCCAUUGUGUUGGAGGGUCAAUACAGGAACCUGAAAAGAUACCACCAAGUGGCAAGCUGGUCCUCACACUUAAAACUGAUGCUUGUGAGGGGAAGGAAAACUUUGUCCGCUACCUUGAACACGUCCAAGCAGUUAUAACUGUGAAUUCCACUAGGCGAGGAGACCUCAACAUCAACAUGACCUCACCAAUGGGAACAAAGUCCAUUUUACUGAGCCGGCGCCCCAGAGAUGACGACUCCAAGGUGGGUUUUGACAAAUGGCCUUUCAUGACCACACACACUUGGGGAGAAGACCCCCGAGGCACCUGGGCUCUAGAGAUUGGGUUUAUUGGCAGUUUGCCGCAGCGAGGCGUGCUGAAGGAGUGGACACUGAUGCUGCACGGGACUCAGAGCGCACCAUAUAUAGACCAAAUAGUAAAAGAUUAUCAGUCCAAACUGGCCAUGUCCAAGAAGGAAGAGCUGGAAGAGGAAUUAGAUGAAGCUGUGGAGAGAAGUCUGAAGAGUAUACUGAGCAAGAACUAGUGCUGUUCUGCAUGACGAUGUCUUUCUUUCCCCAGAUCCCUCUACUCACCUUUCUAUUAUCCAGACCUGUGUUAGACAUAUUACAAUGAUCGCCUCUGUAGCCAAAUUAUCACACUUUCUUGAUUUUAAAGUCUUGUAAGUCAUCAGUAAGUAUUUUAAUUACCACUGAAACAAUACCUUUUUUUACUCUAAACCACAAAUAUACUGUCCCCCACUGAAUACUAUGUGUACAGUUUGUGACUGUCAAUUAUUUUUCUUCGGUGUCACACAAAUA